UCCGCAAUGCAUUUCGGGCUACCGGAGGCUGAUUCGCCUGAUAAUACAAACAAGCCGCCGGAUACAGUGAAAUCGGCUGAGCAUGCGAAAAGCCGCCCGGUUAUGAAUUAACAUCCAUUCAUCUCCAUGAAUGCAUUCUUUUAUUAUUUUCCCCCGUUCCUAUCCAAGUGUCAGUGUUUGACUGCGCAUGCACGGGAAUAAAACAGGCAGCACGCUUGUCAAACGCUCAUCCUAGAUAGGAAACGCGCAGUGAGGCUCCAGUAUGGCGGACAGUAUGAUGAGCAAAGCAGCCACAAUGGAGAUUCCCAUUAACAGUAAUGGGGACUCUAGGACCAUGGCAGAAGAUGACAGUCUGGAGCAGGCUACAAAGAUUCAUUGGAGCUUAAAAGAGAAGGAUUUACAGCAGGUCAUGGUGUCUGGGCCCAACCUUAAUGAGACCAGCAUUGUAUCAGGGGGUUAUGGUGGCACAACAGAGGGCAUCAUUCCAACCAGCUCCAUCAAAGGCCCUGCCAUCCGUCUUAACACAAACUUUGUGGGCAACAGACGCAUUCCAAACGAAGGACAAGGGUCCAACAUGCACCUUACCAAUAGCAGUUCAUCCAUCACAGCAGAUGAGGCCACGAGAGGCGUUGCUGUGGAAAAGUUUGACAUUGUAAAGAAGUGGGGCCUGAACACUUACAAGUGCACCAAACAGAUGAUCUCUGAGAGGUUUGGUCGCGGCUCGCGUACGGUAGAUCUGGAGCUGGAGGCGCAGAUUGAGGUUCUGCGGGAAACCAAACGAAAGUAUGAGAAUGUGCUACGUUUAGCGCGAGACCUAACCAACCACUUUUACAGCAUGGUGCAGACGCAGCACGCCCUCGGUGACACUUUUGCAGACCUCAGUCAGAAGUCUCCAGAACUUCGGGAUGAGUUUGGCUACAAUGCAGAAACACAGAAGCUGUUGUGCAAGAAUGGAGAGACACUACUGGGCGCCAUCAACUUCUUUGUGUCCAGCAUUAACACACUGGUAAACAAGACAAUGGAAGACACACUAAUGACCAUCAAGUUGUAUGAAAAUGCCAGGCUGGAGUUUGAUGCAUACAGGGCAGAUCUAGAGGAGCUUAACAUGGGCCCACGGGAUGCUGUUACCAUGGCUCGUAUCGAAGCUGCUCAGCAGCAGUAUCAGAUCCACAAGGACAAAUAUGAACGUCUCCGGAGUGAUGUCACAAUCAAGAUCAAGUUCCUGGAUGAAAAUAAGGUCAAAGUGAUGCACAAACAGCUUCUUCUGUUCCAUAACGCCAUCUCUGCCUAUUUUGCUGGAAACCAGCAGCAGCUGGAACAAACCCUCAAGCAGUUCAACAUUAAACUCAAACCACCAGGGGCCGACAAGCCCUCCUGGCUGGAAGAACAGUGAAAGUGACCAGUUUGCCCAGCUUUCCCGUUAUAUGUCUUUAGCCACAGUGUGACGCAGUAGGACGGCGAGAGACCAGCGGUCUGAGGCUACAGCCUCUUACUAACUUUCUUUAGCUCUCUAACCCACACUUCUCUUUGAUUUUACAUUUUCUCCUGUUACUGCUAUGAACUGUUCUCAAGUGUCUGCAUAGUCCCUGGUGUUACUGGUCCUGAAGCUCCAAUCAAAUGGUUAAUAAUUUAUCAGUUUCAUUCCUGUAAACAUCAUUAAAUUAACCGAAACAAUCCUUUGAGUUGUCAUACAAGAACGGCUGUAUUUUUUCCAGACUAUUCUCAGUCAUGCACACUGUCCACAUUCCCAUAUUUUACUUUAUUGUUUUUUGUAUUGUAGAUUUGGUCUUGUAGAUGAUGCAGAAAAUGCAGAGCACUCUUAUCAUGGAGCUUGUGACAUUGGUAUUGCGUCCUUGUACGUUUACCAAGCUAACAAAGUAGUUAAAACUGAUCCAAAUGAUCCAUACAUGAAAUAUUACAUUGAAGAUCUUAAAAUAACACUAACUUUUGAUUAACAAUAAAUUAAAAUUCAUUAGAAUGAAUUGAUGAAAUUUACCAUACACGGAUGCAAUUUCUUUUUUUUUUGCAUGUUUUUACAAAGCCACUCACAUUUUCAAGAGAUAAAGCUAAAAAUCUCUGGUAAAGGCAUUUCAGACAGUGCUUGUUUUCUCUAAAUGAGAAGAGUAAAUUUUUGUUUUAUUUAAAUGAAUAUUUGCUGAUUAUUUUCUGUUUUAUGUACUAAUGCAAGUUUAUGUAUACUUUCUAUUUUUGGUAGUUUUGUUUAACACAGGCCCAACAUUAUCUGCCUCUUUAUUUACCAAAAUGUGCACUAGAGGUUAUUUACUAACUUAUUUCCAAUAAGCAUUGGCUGUGCUCUCCUUUUCCUCAAUUUUCAUUCAUACUAAAGCCGGACAUACUGUAUGCAUCUUUCUGUUUUUGUUUUAAAAAAUUGACAAUUUCCCGCCCAAUCAAAGCUUUAUGCACCUGUUAAUGAAUGUCACUGUAGCAUUUUCCUCUUUCUGUGUUACUAAUGAAUUGUUGUCAAGCGUCAUAAAUUGAAACGGUCUCAAAAAGUUAGUAGAAUCAAAGGGAUUUUGAUGUAAUUAUUUAAAUAUAUGAUCGUUUUAAGUUGUAUUUGUUAAUAAUCAGAAAUAUUUGUAAUUGAAUUGACGACACAAACAAGACUAACUAAGAUUUCAUUGCAUAAUUUUAACAAAAAAAAUUGUCAAAAUGAGUUCGAAAUGUUACAGUGACAGCAUGGUCAAAGUGAACACUGUCAGAUCGAUACUUGUCAAAGUAACUUAUAAUGAUAUUAAUGUUCAGGACUGUUGAACAUUGCACUAAAUAUUUUUAAACUUGAGAUGAAGCAAUACCGAAGAUGUUUCUAGGAAGUGUAUUUUCGUGUUUGCCUGUUUUCCAUGCAUUGGGAUUUAAUUAUUCUCAGUGCUUCAGCUUCAGUAAAAUACAACUUAAGUAGUAGUCCAGAAAAAUAAUGGUUACAUUUUUUUGUAAAUGUUUGUGUAUGCUUAAAAUAACCAUUUUAUUUUAGUCACCUACUGAUUAGUACAUGUAUACUAGCAUGUUUGCCGAAAGCCUUUUUAUCUUUGCCUUCAGUCUUUCUUCCUCAAGGACCAGUUGCUUACUCCAGAAGAGGAGCUUAAUGAAGUUAUGGGACUUCCCUUUGUCAGACAUUUUUUAUACCAAGUAUUUAGUUUGAACUUACAGACUCUCGUGUCAGGCAGCAGAAACGAACACCAGACACUGAUUCUUUUUAUAAAGGGAUGGAUGUUUCUUCCCAAGCAAUAGGAUUUGAAAUGCUCCUCAACCAUGAACAUAGUAAUUUCCCCUUUCUAUUCCUAAAUCAAACAAAUGUAUCCGGGUUUUUGUUGUUUUAUUUUUGGAAAAUGUUACUUUUAUUUGAUUUGUUACUGUUAACAAAAGUGUUUGGUGAUUACUCAGUAGGUCUAGUUUUAGAACACUGCAGAAUCAAAGGGUUAUAAAUAUUACCAUAUUUAUGUACAAUCAAUAUUUUAGGCUGCUCUGUGGUAUUGGUAUGUAUGACUGUACAUAUGUAAAGAUGGAAGACAGAUUUUGAAACUGGACCCAUGAUGUUAGCCUUUAUUCAGUAAAAUACAAGAACCCACAUGAUAAAAUCUGAAAUGUUUGCAAACGAAAAA